AUGUUAAUUAAUUCAAAUUAGAUUGUAAAUUAUUUGAGUGAUUUAAAAAGAAAAUAAAAAAAUAAAAAAUAAUAAUAGAUUGUAAAAUUUUAAAUAACUUUGGAUGAAAUGUAAUCAAGAAAUGUUUUAAUUAAAACAGCUGAAAGGUAUAAUAACAUAUUGAAAUUUCCGACCGCAAAAAAGCAAGAUUUAAUAAACUUUUAUAAACAUAUUAGAAGUGAUGAACCACAUAAUAUUUGUUUGCUAGAUUCAGGCAACACAGUCUAUGAAGUCAGAAAUGCGCCUUUUUUUUAUUUGUUUGCUUGUUUAUUAUAAAUAAAAAUAAUCACUUGA